UUCAGAAUUGAUGCAGUAGAUAUCGGUCUUUUGCAAGCAUUGGAUGUGGAGAAAGGGAAAGGCCCUGACUGGCAUCUGGAGAAGAUUACUGUGAGACAGGCAUCAAUGGAAGGAAAAGAAAUAGUGUUUCUAGCUCAUAAAUGGCUCAAAAGUGGAACAAACUCAGCAGUUACAUUGAACGUUACAGAAAUUGAGGAAAUUGGGCACAUGAAUGUCUUGCCACCAGGAGGCCAACAAAUGAAGUCAGAAGGCACAUGGAAAAUUUAUCUGAAGCUUCGAGGAAAAUCAGGUCAAGAAUGUGAACAUAUUGGGCCAAAUAUUCCUCAUUUGAUUAUGAUUCUGUAUGGGACUUACGGAAAGUCAAGCUCAAUGCUUCUAGAAAACAGGCUGGAACAUGCUGAGGAUACAGUAACUUUUGAGGUAUUCAUGCCCUCUGAUUUGGGAACUCUUUAUAAAGUACGGUUGGGUUUGGAGAGUUUGCAUUCCAGCACAUCACAGCUGUCUGUUCAUCAUUUUAAAAUGCAGAAUAAAGCAACCUUGGAUACCUUUAGUUGUUCUAUAAAUAAGACACUUCCUCUUUCUUUUAAUGGAGACAGAUGCAUUGAGUUCCCUGUCGAGUGGCCAUUAAAGGAAGCACUGUCUGUUGUUAGAUAUCAGGUGACAGUCUUCUCGAGCAAUUUUUUCCACUUGAAGAGUUUAGUUCAAGUCAGUAUCUGCAUCUUUGGAAACAAUGGAGACACAGGAGAUCGGGCUCUGCUUCUCCCUAUUGAGGAUUCACAACAGCAGAAAGAUGACAAAGAGUCUUUUGUCCUGGAGGCUGUUGAUCUGGGAGAACUACAGUAUGCCAACCUCUCCAUCAGCAGUUUAACAAGUUGCGAGUUAGAUGUGAAAAUAUUACAUCUGAUGGAGGCAUUAAAGAGACAGCCCAUUUAUGUAUUUGAAGUGAAUCAAAAGUUCAUCAUGGAUGCUGAUAAGCCUGAAAUUCAGAAAAAAAUCUCAGUCUCUUACAUUAUGGACAAAAGAGGAAUUGAAUCAACUGCUGAAAUGACUCAGAAUUUCCAUGAAGAAAAAGGCUUCAAAGCUGAUACGAGUAUAUAUCAAAUUAAAGUAUAUACAGGUGAUUGUAAAGGAGCAGGCACUAAUGGUGAGGUCCACAUCACCCUCUUUGGAAAUCAAAACACCUCUGAAUCUUUUCUUCUCACUGAGUCAUUGGAGCAUGCAAAUCCUUUUGAAAUGGGAAAGGUUGAUACGUUCCAAAUUAAAACAAAGAACUUAGGACGCCUGGAUCGAAUUGAAAUUAUGCAUGAUGGAAAAGGGCUCACAAAUGGUUGGUUUCUGGAAAAAGUGAAAGUCAUAGACAUGGCUACAAAGGAAAAGCAUUGCUUCCGAUGCAAUCGGUGGCUUACUGAAGAUGAGCAUGAUGGACUCACUGUUAUAAAACUCUACCCAUAAAUCUGGUUUUUUUCUGCCUUUAUCCUCAAUACAUUUCUUUUUUCAAAUUCCUAUUGAUCUGAAUUCUCAUAUUCCUUUAUGUAAAAUUAUAAAAAUGUCAUAAUUAUUAUAGAUGAAUGUCAAAAUAAUAACAGCCAGCGUUUAUAUCACCAGUAGCAUUUAAUGUUUGUUGGAUAUGUAAUUCCUUCUAUGGGAAAUAUUAAAUAGUUGGACUGGAAUACUCUGUAAAUAAACAGACUUAAAACAAACAGUAACUCUGUCCAUGCAUGAUAAAUACACUUAAGUAGAUCAAUAAAUUUA